AUGUUGAGCCUGAUGAAACGAGCUGGUCUAACUGCGACAGUGUGUGUCUCCCUGGUCGCCGGCAGCCCAUGUCUUCCCUCAUGGUCGGCGAACACAUGUGGACUCUUUUCCGAGUCCAUGGAUUAUCUGGACCGCAUAUAUGAUCCGAGUGCCGGGUAUGUCUUCGCGCCCAGUGCAGCGACGGCUUUGCGACGUGAUACUCGCGCGUCGGCGUGGUAUGUAGUUGGUCUGCUGGCUCGCAAUCAGGGUGACGAUGUCUCCCAGGCCAUGACGAUCAUUGAGAAUAUCAUAUCUGCCCAGCUCAAGGAUCCCGAGGAUCAAUGGUACGGCGACUAUGAGAAAUACCCAGAAGAACCGACAGUAGGCAGCGCGGCGUAUCCUCCACUAAUCUACGACACCUGGGAUCCGAACUGGCGAGAGUUCAUCGGAACGGCAUUCAUCAUAGCCUUGGAGGAAUUUCCUCAUUUGAUCGAUAGUGACAUGACUCGUCUUAUGCACGCGUCUCUUUACAACAACACGAUUGGGGAUAGCUACCGGGUCGGAGGCGUCGAUGACGAUAACCUCUACCCGUCGUAUACCAAUCCGUCACUAAUGCGAGCCUUGAUCAGUGGCUGGACGGGCCAAAAACUAGGCGACGCCAACAUGACCCAAGCGGGCGAGGCCUACGCGAACGAAAUCAUCUCUCUCUUUGACCGAGCCGACACGUUGUCUGAAUUCAACAGCGCCACAUACACCGGCGUGUCCCUGAUUGCACUCACAACAUGGGCCAAGUAUGCCGCCGAAGACUCGGUGAUGAAGCAAAAAGGCAAAGAGAUGCUCCAAGCCACCUGGACCACGAUCGGACAAUUGUAUCAUGCGCAGUUGAAGAACCUCGCCGGGCCGUGGGACCGCUCGUACGGAUUCGACAUGCAGAAAUAUUUCGGCCUCAUGUCUGCCCAUAUCUGGGCGUUGGGGGGCAAGGAGGAAUCUCCGGUGAUCGACAAGGUUUAUAUGAUGUCUCACAACGCGGACUUUGCCACCUCCCCGCUCGUGGCCGUCUUGUCUAAUUUCCACAAUUCCCUGGUCCCUCCCUCAGUCAUCGAUGCCCUAAGGGUCUUUCCGGGUGAACACUCGGUGAGCACGUCCGCCUACUCCAUACCCUACGACUCCUUCCCUCGGCGUGUCAAUGCGUGGCUAGGAGAGAAGAUCAGUAUCGGUUGCGAGAGCUUCAACGAGACCGUUAUCGGCGGGCCGGCGGAGAACCCAUCUACAUUCAAUCCGGCGGUCAUUCAGUGGGACACCGGUGCUGGAAUCGGCUGGAUAGUGCUGUAUGCAACCGAACAAGCGGUUGACGCUGUCGCUGGUCCGGGGUAUCUGAACCUCACGUAUCCCUAUGGAACGGAUUCCUCCCAGUUCCAGUUCCUGGUAUCUCCCUUCUCUCGGAAGAAAGACGUGACUGGCUGGGGAGAUCUCGCAGGGCUGAAAGUCACUGUGUCCGGAACUGUGGUGUCGGAACCACAAGUGUCAUAUAGUGCAAGUGAUGCUACCAUCAAUGAUUUCUUCUACUGGAACUUGACCAAUACGAUGCCUCGGGGUAGCACCGCAGCGCCGAACAUAAUGUUAGAGGUGGAAGUCGUAUGA